AAUACCAUCGCAGUCCGUACGAUGCACUCGCCAAAGUCAGAUCGUUGGCCCCUCGAAGCGUAAAGGUUCGUCGCUUUACACCGUUUCAAGUUUCUCCGCAAACUAUCGUGCUGUCGCGAAAGAAGACCAUUCCAGUGAAUAGAAACGAGAUCAACACCGCUCAAUCGGAAGCAGGAUACUGAUGCGAGGUGUUAAAGUGAAGAGGUUGUGAGCAACAGAAGGAUCACAAUCUCGCGGUGUAACAUAAGGAGCGACCACUUAGAACUAUGAUUAUACAAGUUGGCAUCUGUUUUGACCUCGUGUGAUCUGUAUGCUCCGCUGGCAACCACAAUGGACCACUACUCGACGGUUGGAUUGGAUCGCAUUAGCGGCUACGGGCUGACGACGACGAUGAUGGGAGGCUAUUUACCAAACUACUCAACCGAUACAUCUCUGUACCGCAGCUUCAGUUCCUCCGGCGACACAAGCCCAUCGUUCACGGGUCGCGAAGAGAGUGUCAAUUAUGGGUUGUCUUCAUUCACGGAAAUGAUCAUCGACAGCGAAAGCUUCGUUCCGGUUCAGAUGGCGACAGCGCCAACGACUCCAGCGACAAACCACGAUUACCUGGACCAGCGAUUACUUGACUCCGAAAACCACCAGCCAAUUACUCCCGUUCCUUUAAAUGACCCAAUUAAAGCACCGAAAGCACGUGCUAACAAAAGCAAACGAAGAAACACCAAUCCCUCUGCCACUGUUCCAAAGUUCCCGAAAAAUCUGAAACUAGAUCAAAACGCCGUAAAAAAGAACCUCAUUACGCCACCAAGUCCGACCGUCAUGAAGAAGCGGCGGCUUGCGGCCAACGCGAGGGAGCGGAAACGAAUGAAUAGCCUAAAUGUGGCGUUUGAUAGAUUACGGGAAAUUGUUCCGACGCUCGGUCCCGAUCAUAAGCUGUCCAAGUUUGAAACCCUUCAAAUGGCGCAAACAUACAUCAACGCGCUAAGUGAUUUACUGGAGCGCGGGGCAGAUGAAAGCACCUACAGUUUGUUCGAUGCCAGCCCCGGGACGGCCAGCGAUAGUAAUAAUAAUCACGAUCAGGAUGGGCAGUUUGAGAUGCAACGGCUUUAUGAAGUGGAUUUCUUAUGAAAUAUUACGUUAGACGGAUAAUCGCGAAUGCACCAAAUGUAGCAUUAGUUCCAAGCAAAGCCAAAUCUAGUCUUAAGGGAAUAUCAACGAAGCUUAGUUCUGUGUGACCUUAUCGUAGUUUUAAGAAUGAUGAAGAUGAUAUCAAUAAAAGAUUAUUUUAAUAUUUGCCUGAA